UUUGGUUUUUCCUUCACAGUUUUUGUUCACAGCUUGCUUUGUGGUCAUGUCCAUCAUGACCCCUUUUGCGGCUUUGGCCAUCCUUGUUGGCUUUGUGUUGCUUUGCUUGCUUCGACGCGUGCGGAGGAAACAUGAUGCCUUGCCAUCUUCUCAGCCUGUUUUUCAAGGAGAGGAGGAGAUGGAAGAGCUGCCCGAGAGUGUUAUCAAAUCCUUCACAUUUUGGGCCGGCGGUCUUGCUGGUGUGGUGUCUGCUGCUGCCACCCACCAGCUGGACGUAGCAAAGACGCUGCGGCAUGUGGGCAAAUCAAUGCCCGAGAAGUUCUCGGAUUACUUUGUUGGAAUGGCCAUGGGCUCCUUUGCUCAAGGCUUCCGUUUUGCUGUCACCUUGAUUCUCAACAUGACUUUGCAGAAACGCCUGGACAAGUGGCAAAAAGAUGCAGAGAGAAGAGCCGGACGAUGUAGCUGGCUGAUUUCGUUUUCCAUCAGCAUGCUGGCAGCUGGGAUUGGCGAGUUCCUGGCCAAUCCUCCAGUUGUGAUUAAGAACUACCAGAUUUCGAACAAUGUGGACAUUUGUACAGCCUGCGAAGAACUGUGGGACGAUGGAGGGCAGCCGCGAUUCUUUAACGGAGUUGGCAUGGGUGUGCUGCGGAAAUCCCUUGCCAAUGGGGUAGUCUUGCAGACGAUCGGCCCCACCAAAGCCAUCCUUGGCGUUGCAUUUCCCCAGUUGCAGACGAACAAGGUGAUGCUGAGCUUUUGUGCUGGCAGCUUGACCGGAAGCUUCGCAGAAGUCAUCACCAAUCCACCGGACCAGGUGAAGACGAUGACGCAAGCGGGUGUGCCUUUCUUUGAAGCGGUCAGCCUGGCUAUGAGACACCCCUUCCGGGGUGCCGGUUUUGCCGGCUUGCGAAAGGGCAUCAUCCGUGGCAUCAACUGGGGUGGGCUGACAUUCUUCAUGGCUGUCUUUGAGUUGGCUUAUCGAAGAUAUGGCAUUGUAAAGGGCCGGAGGCGCAGUGUCUCCAAAGAAGCGCUGGAAACCCACACAGAGUUUGCCCGAGCUGUGAGUGCACAAGCUGAGAGCUGACAGAUGCUGACAGCCAUGGUUUGUUUGAAUGGCCUUUUGAAUUGCUGCGCGCAACUUGCGAAGUUUUUACUGGGUUGAAGCGCCUCGACGACUCGACUCCUAUAGCUGGGGAAUGCUGGGGAUUUGUGGGUGGCCAGUUCUUGAGAGUGUAGCUGCC